AAAUGUCUUGCACGACGCGUCAAAGACUACCCUGACCUUGGUGGUUGUGCUCGAUUCCUUAAGCACCGCGUGAUGAGGGAGAUAGUAGUGUUCACACGAAUCGUCCACCGGCUCGGGUUAGACUUGAGCCGCCGUUCCACCGCUAGGAGACGACGAUCAGCGAUUGCUUUCGAUUCUCCUAAAACGAUAUUCGAAUUAGGAUUUUGUGGUAAACAGAUAGAGCGGGUUCGUCGAAGAUGGUCUCGCUCUCCCAGAACCGCGUCAAUAUGGCUUCCAACGGACUGUCGCUCGUUGCCAUAUUACACACCCGAUGUUGUUGAGACGAAUACGUUGUAUUUCCUGCUACCGCCCAUCCAAACUGCGUUUCUACCAACCAUGGCAGACCCGAACCGAGAGAUUGAUUACGUCCGGUAUGCAGCUCCCAGAACGUAUCGCCACCGAUGA